AACAUAAAAGCGCGGCCUCAGAAGUCAGAAGCAUAUAUAUAAACCAAAACCAACACUGGUGAGUGGCGGGAAUCACACACACUUGACACUCCCACCAUGUCAGUGUAGUCCACGCUCCACAAAAAACCCUCUUAACUUAACUCCCAAACUCUCUUCACAAACUAAAAACUAAACUAAAUCAAAGAUGAAGGAAUCAUCCGCCGAACCAGACCCUAUCCGCGAUUCCCUGCACCUCCUGUGCACCCUACUCGACUCGGAAAUCCCCACCGUCACCAACUUCAAAGGGAAAUGGUCACUCGCCCGAGUCAAACUCACCCUCCUCCAGACCCACCUCACCGAUUUCUCCGCCGAGUUCCCCAACGCCUCCACCUCCAACCCCCUCUCCCUCCACCUCCUCGAUUCCAUCUCCCGCACGCUCCACCACGCCCUCUCCCUCGCUCGCACGUGCCAACCCCACCAACUCCCCAACGGGAAGCUCAAAACCCAAAGCGACCUCGACUCACUCCUCGCCACCCUCCACCGCCACGUCACCGACUGCGACAUCCUCUUCCGCAGCGGCCUCCUCCUCGAAAACAACAAUAACCUCUCCACCCCCUCCAAACGCGAGGCCACGCGCUCCGCUUCAAGAAACCUAAUAACCCGACUCCAAAUCGGGUCGCCCGAAUCCAAAUCCACCGCAAUGGACUCCUUAUUGGGCCUCCUCCACGAAGACGACAAAAACGUCACCAUAGCCGUGGCCCAGGGCGUCGUUCCCGUGCUCGUGCGCCUACUCGAUUCCCCCUCCGAAAUGAAGGAAAAAACCGUUGCCGCCAUUUCCAGAGUCUCUACCGUCGAAACCGCCAAAAACGUUCUCCUCGCGGAAGGCCUCCUCCUCCUCAACCACCUCCUCCGCGUCCUCGACUCCGGAAGCGCCUUCGCCAUUGAAAAGGCCUGCAUCGCGCUUCAGGCGCUCAGCUUAACCAAGGACAACGCCAGAGCCAUCGGCUCCCGCGGAGGAAUCUCCUCGCUCCUCGAGAUUUGCCAGGCUGGCACCCCCGGCGCGCAGGCCUCCGCCGCCGCCGUGCUAAAGAACCUCGCCGCCUUUUCCGAAAUCAGAGACAAUUUCGCCGAGGAGAACGCGGUGGUGGUUUUGCUCGCUUUAGCCUCCUCCGGAACCGCUUCUGCGCGUGAGAACGCGGUUGGUUGUUUGUCCAAUUUGAUUUCAGAGGACUCCGAGGGUUUGUCGAAUUUGAGGGUUUCGGUAGUGAAGGAAGGUGGUGUGGAGUGCUUGAAGAAUUACUGGGACUCCGGUGUUCCUCUUGCGAGUCUGGAAGUUGCGGUGGAUAUGGUGCGGCAUUUGGCGGCUUGUAGCGGAGCCAUUGGCGAGGUUCUUGUGACGGAAGGGUUUGUGCAGAGGGUGGUGGCGGUGUUGAGUUGCGAGGUGCUGGCGGUUAGGGUUUCGGCGGCGAGGGCGGUUCACGCGUUGGGGAUGAACAGUAACAAAGCGCGGAAGGAGAUGGGGGAAUUGGGAUGCGUUUCGGGUUUGAUCAAGAUGUUGGAUGGGAAGGGCGUGGAGGAGAAAGAAGGUUCCGCGAUGGCAUUGUCGGUGCUGCUGAUGCACCCGGCGAAUCGGAAGGUGUUUCGGAAGGACGAAAGAGGAGUUGUGAGCGCAGUUCAUCUCUUGAACCCUUCGUUGCAGGGGUUGGAUAAGAAGUACCCUGUUUCGUUGCUCGCUUCUCUUGUGCACUCCAAGAGUUGCCGGAAGCAGAUGGUGGCUGCGGGGGCCUCUGUAUAUACGCAGAAGCUUGUGGAGAUGGAUGUUCCCGGGGCCAAGAAACUCGCCGAGAGCCUCGGCCGUGGCAAGAUUUGGGGUGUUUUUGCUAGACCCUAGAGAUCCACGAUGAGGUACUGUUGAUUGAUUAUUCAUUCAUAUGUAAUUCUAUAUGCAUAAUCAUAGGCGUGUUUAGUUUUUCUUUUUUCUUCUUCUUUUUCCUUUGUAAUUAUUGAUUAAUAAUUGAUGUUUGUUUGUAGAGGUAAGUUUUUCUAAUGAUAUGAGAACUUGUGUUUAUGUUUAGGAAUGAGCAAUUUGCGAUGCUGUGCCAGGGGUAGAGUACAUAGCUCAGUUGGGUUGUAUCUAGUCAAUAGCCAUAUAGGGAUAGUGCAUAGUUGAUCGCUAAAAUACUCUGCAUAUACUCAUUACUCACUGUGGUUGGAAUGAAAAAAUAAUGAACGAGGUUGAGUAUGUUCAGAUUGAAAUGUGGUUUUUCAAGUAUUAAUUAUUA